AGUAGCGCUGCGCACCGGAAGUGGGGGCGGCCUCGGGCGCCGCACCGGGGGCGGCGGCGAGAGCGGCCCGGCCCUUCCCAGUUCCGCCCCCGCCCCAUCCCAGUAACGGCGCCGUCCCCUCCCAGCAGCGGGGACACCCCCGGGACCCCCCCGCGGCCAUGGCCGAGACCGCGGAGAGCGGCGGCGGCUGCGGCACCGCCACCGUCACCGAGAGCGGAACCGCGGAACCGGAGAACCGCAGUCUGACGCUGAAGCUGAGGAAGAGGAAGCCGGACAAGAAGGUCGAGUGGUCGAGCGACACCGUGGACAACGAGCACCUGGGCCGGCGCUCCUCCAAGUGCUGCUGCAUCUACGAGAAGCCGCGGGCGUUCGGCGAGAGCUCCUCGGAGAGCGAGGAAGAGGAGGAGGAGGAGGAGGAGGAGGAGGAAGAGCGGGGGGAGGGGCAGCAGGGGCGGGGCCAGGGCGAGGGGCGGGGCCCGGGCGGGGGGCGGGGCCCGGGCGGGGUGGGGGAGGGGAGCUGCGGGCACCUCCAUUGCAUCCGCGGCCACAAACGGGGCCGGGGGCGGCGCGGGGAGGGGGAGGGGCGAGGGGGGGAGGAGGGGGCGGGGCCGAGGGCUCAGCCCCGCCCCCAGCACCCCGCGGCCCCGCCCCCCCCGCCCGCGGCCAUGGAGCACUGA